GCUCAUUUGGUUCCUUAUACGUCAGUCAGAACAAGUUAACAGCUGUUCUUCCUGUUUGGAAAAGGUGCGAGUAUUUUGGUCACAAAGCCAUUCACAGUCAGACUAAGUUCCUGGCCCUCACAGCAGCAGGAAUUCAUGGGCAGAUUUGGUGACAAAGGAAAGGUGCGCACCUGUAGGAGCAGGCCUUUGUGAAAUCUGAUCUCUAAAUUAGGAACGGUGAUCCCAGCUCACAAUGGAGAACGGCCUAAUGGAUCAACCCAGUCGUGCCCAGCUGCCGUGGUUUAUUGCCCUCUCCCAGGUCAUUGGCCUGUCUGUCGUCGUCAUCACUGGUGUGUGGAUGGGUCACUAUCGGGGGGGCUUUGCCUGGGAUGGAAGUUCUCUGGAGUUUAAUGUGCAUCCACUCUGCAUGGUGAUUGGAAUAGUCUUUCUCUAUGGAGAUGCUAUUAUGGUCUUCAGAAUCUUCCAGAAUGAGAGUAAAGCUGCCGUAAAGAUUCUGCAUGGAAUCAUUCAACUAAUUGGACUAAUAGCAACAAUAAUAGGCUUGGUUGCAGUGUUUGAAUUCCACAUGGAACAAAAGAACCCAGACAUGUACAGUCUUCACUCCUGGUGUGGACUCAUCACUGUAAUCCUUUUCGGUUUACAGUGGCUGAUGGGAUUAGUCUUCUUCCUAUUCCCCGGUGCCAGCAAUUGGCUACGAGCCAAAUACAAGCCACUCCACGUGUUCUUCGGGCUGACUCUCUUCCUUCUUGCCAUCGCAACCGCAUUGCUGGGAAUCACUGAGAAACUGCUCUUCUCCAUCAGCGACGGCUACUCGAAGCAGGUGCCUGAGGGUAUCCUCGCUAACGUGCUUGGGUUGCUGCUGGUGGGAUUUGGACUCACGGUUGGUUAUGUAGUGACCCGGAGUGAAUGGAAACGCCCACCCAAUCCCGAAGAUGAGCCCCUCUCCAUGCAUUUCAAGACCCUGACAGAAUGCGAUAGCCCCGACUCUCAACAAUGAAACACAAGCCAGAGGCCAUCUGCAUGCGUCAAGUGAACAUCAAUAAUUUAGCAGAUUCAGUAUGUAUGUAGGGAAGUAUGUAGGGAGUGUCUGGGGAACAUUGAGGUCAUGUUCAGCAACACAGUUAUCAGACUUGUUAAGGCUUGCCUUCUCCCUCAUGCUAUCAUAUGCAAGUGAUAAGUAGGAAGUUCCCAGCCACUCGCUGUUUUAUGCAUUUGUGUCACGGCUGCCAGAUUUACGCAUGUUCACUUGACUCUGAUCAGUUUAAUUUAAGACGUCAUAGAAAUAAAUGUUCAUUGUUUUUACUGCUACGCCAAACCUGACUGCUUAGCGACGGGGCUGAGUUGGUUUAUUGGCCAGUGUCUUACUCCAGCUUCAUUCUUUCUCAGAUAAUUAACAGGGGCAGAAAUGAUUUAAGUCACCAGGUGAUCACUAAUUACUUGACCUACGGUGGCUGUUAAGUUACUUGGGAAAGAUCAGAGCUGGGAAUCUCCUUACCACACCUGUGUCUUUGUUUAGUGACACAUUAUGUUAUUUAAUAAAUGUUGCAGCAAAA